AUGAAGCCUCUUAGUUAUUUAUCCACUGCUUUGGCAUUUGCCUCCCCUUUGUGGGCCACGCAGAUACAUCCUAGAGGUGCCUCGGAUUGGCCCAACGGCCCCUUCAGCACCGAUGGCCGCUGGGUCGUUGAUGCCUCCGGACAACAAGUCCGUUUUGCCGGCGUCAAUUGGCCUGGAGCUGCAGAGGUUAUGAUUCCAGAGGGUCUACAAUAUCGCUCAGUUGAGCAGAUUGUGUCUCAGAUAAAGAGUGUCGGCUUCAACGCUGUGCGCCUGACGUAUGCCAUCGAAAUGGUUGAUCAGAUAUACAGCAACAACGGUAAAGAUAUCAGCAUCGAGACCGCCUUUGUCAAUGGCCUAGGAGCUGAGAAUGGAACCUUGGCUCUCGCAAAAGUGCUCGAGAAUAACCCAUCUUUCACUAACGAGACGACCCGACUUCAGGUAUUUGACGCAAUAGCUGAAAAACUGGCCACACAAAACAUCCAUAUACUCCUAGAUAACCACAUUUCCAAAGGAAAGUGGUGUUGUUCCAGCACAGACGGCAAUACCUGGUGGGGCGAUAGUCAAUUCAACGUUGCCAACUGGUUGCGAGGCCUAACUUUCAUGGCAAAUCAUGGAAAACAAUGGUCCGGCCUUGUCGCCAUGUCACUUCGAAAUGAGCUUCGGAACGUGGAAAACAACUCUGCCUUGCUCAAAACAUACAACUGGCAGACAUGGUACAAAUACGUGCAGCAGGGUGCCAAGGCCAUCAAUAAAGCCAAUGGCGAUGUCCUGGUCUACCUUUCCGGCCUCGGUUACGACACGUGGAUCACUCCAGUCUUCACACAAACAGCACUGACACCUGGCAAGGAGGUCUUUGACAAAGCUGCCUUUGCAGGAUUCUCUGACAAGCUUGUCCUCGAGAUUCACAACUAUGAAAAGACGGUUGGCAGCUGUGCAACGCUCAAGAGUCAUCUCUACACCAAGGGCUUCCAAGGUAUGAACUCCACUGAUGCUGCAACGAAAGCCGUCUUUCCUGUACAGCUCACCGAGUGGGGCCACCUGAUGGAUGCCACGACCUGGCAGGGAGUCUACUCGACUUGCUUGAGGAGCUAUGUCGGCUCCCUCAAGGCUAGUUGGUUUAUGUGGGUGAUUGCAGGAAGCUACUACACGCGUUAUGGGAAGCCGGAUAAUGAUGAGCUAUGGGGUUUGUUGAAUCACAACUGGACGGAUUGGAGGAACCCUGAUUUUGUAAAGUCGGGGCUGACCCCGUUUAUCCGUCAGACUCUUGAUAGUUAG